CGUUCUUGUGAUUUUGUUUCUUAACGUGCAUUUAAUAAAAUAUUUAAAACUUUUUCACAGAACAUUUUUGUGAUCAGAGUGCAUAAGAAACUUUACAAAAAUGGAAGACAAACUAAGACAAAUGGAAGAUGAAAUGAGCAGUGUAUGGCGGUACAUAUAUUACAACAUAGCUGGAAUUAAAACAAGAUAUCACAUAACUUGAUCUCAGAUUUGAAGCAGAAAUUGGAGGACAGUUAGUGACUCCAAUGGUUAGACCUGUAAUAGGAGCCAAUACAUAUAAUCAAGUCGCACGUCAACUAGAGCAGCAUGAACUUCCAACACCAGUCGUUGCAGCAGCCGCAGCAACAUUAGCUUUUCCACCGAUGAUAGGUUUUCCACCACCACCUCCACCACCUCCACCGCCACCACCACCACCAAUGUUAAUACCGCAACAAGUAGCAAGACAAGGUACAGUCCCUAUCACAACAUAUUCUUCUCCUGCACAGAUAAGUAAUCCGUAUUUACCAAAUAUGGUGGAUCCAUGUUUAAGUGCAACUCCAAAAACUUAUGAAUCUACGUCAUCGCCAAUGAUUCAUCCAGAAAUUAUUGAACAGAUUAUCAAUACAAAAAUACCAGAAGAUGAAGGUAAAAAAAAACCAAAAGUAAAAGGAGUUAGUACAGCUGCAGAAUUGGCCAUUAGUCAAGGGAAAGCCAGUUCUAUUAUGGCAAAUGCUAGUGCCGAAGAAAGUCAUCCAAAAGGUAAAGGAAAGAAAAAUAAAAAGAUUAUUAGAAUGGCUGGUGGGCAGACUUGGGAAGAUCCUUCUCUGUUAGAAUGGGACGAAGAUGACUUUAGAAUAUUUUGCGGUGAUUUGGGAAAUGAUGUUACCGAUGAAAUGCUAGUGAGAGUAUUUGGCAAGUAUCCUAGCUUUCAAAAGGCGAAAGUAGUUAGAGAUAAACGAACAAACAAAACUAAAGGUUUCGGAUUCGUAUCCUUCAAAGAUCCACAAGAUUUUAUCAAAGCCAUGAAAGAGAUGAAUGGACGAUACGUGGGAUCUCGGCCGAUAAAAUUACGGAAGAGUUCGUGGAAGCAGCGAAAUUUGGAAACAGUGCGAAAGAAAGAAAAGGAGAAACAAGCUUUGAUUGGUCUAUUGACCGGUCGGUGACAUGGUAAAAUCAUUAUCGUUCUCAUUUCGGUCGAUUUGACAAUAUCAUAAUGAGAACGUAACCGUAAAUCAAUUGACCACACUAAAUCUUUGAUAUUGUAAUUCAAAAAUCAAUCGAAAAGUUAUACAUUAUCGAAGAUACAGCUGUGUCGAGAAUUCGUCAAUGUUAAAGCGGAUGACAUUCAAGGAAUAACAAGAAUGAAUUUAUUGUAUAAUUAUGUUUAUAAUAACAUCGUUAAUGUCUGUA